AUGCUCUUCUCCAAGCAUCGGCCACAGGGCAGAGACCAUAUGGACUAUGCGAAACUCAAAAAAGAUACUACCAACCUCAAGGCUGGAAAUGUCGAACUUAAAGCUAGAGUUGAGAAAUUGGAACAGAAGCAGUUGCAAAAUGAUGAAGAAAAAAACAACUAUAUAGUAUUACGAAGUAAUGAUACUACCGCAUCUAAACCAGAUGAUGAUAUCAGGGAAAUCAAGCAAUCUUCAUUUAAUAAAUCCUCUACUGAAACGGAAAAUCCCAACGUUACUCCUGAAAAGACAGUUUCACAAAAUAAGAAU